UCCGCCCAACUGCAUCUCCCACUUCUGUCUUCUUUAUAAAAAUGGGUUCAGGGGACUGGCUUAGGUCAUUAGUUUGCGCAAAAGGAUUGAAACACAAACAAGGAAAGGUGCAUUCAGCUUCUGAAAAAUCAAAUGGAGAGACUCCGAAUGACUCCAACGGCAACGCAAAUGGUGGUACUCAAAGCAUUCCUGGUUUACCCAGGAAAUCAGUUGAAGAUAAAGCUGCAAGUCGGAUUCAGAAAGCUUUCCGGGCAUAUAGGGCAAGAAAGUCGAUUCGCCGGAUUAGGGGCACAGGGAGAUUUAACAGGUUGAUCCAAGACCAAACUGUUCAGAAGCAAGCCUCAAAUGCAUUGAGCUGCAUUCAUUCAUGGUGCAACAUACAGGCACAGAUAAGAAACCGCAGACUUUGCAUGGUGAUGGAAGGUCGGCUGAGGCAGAAGAAGCUAGAAAAUCAGUUGAAACUGGAGGCUAAACUUCAUGAGUUAGAGGUUGAAUGGCAUAAUGGCUCUGAAACCAUGGAGGAAAUUCUUUCCAGGAUACAACAGAGAGAAGAAGCAGCAGUUAAGCGUGAGCGGGCCUUGGCAUAUGCGUUUUCUCACCAGUGGAGAGCAAACUCUACCCAGUAUCUGGGGCAUACUUAUUUCAGUAUUUGCAAAGAGAACUGGGGUUGGAGCUGGAUGGAGCGCUGGAUUGCAGCAAGACCCUGGGAAGUCAGGGUUAAUGCCAAGCCCAUCAACGCAAAGAAAAUCAAGACAAAGCAGGUAAGCAAUGGGGAUAAUGUCACCAACCAGCCAGAGUUGAAGUUAACACUAGUCCCAAAUAAACCUGCUUCAUCAAACGGGAAUAAAACUGCAAAAGCAAAGAAAUCACCCAUCCAAACUGCUGAAAACCUAGCUGCCCAAGAGACUCAAUAGCAGCUUGCAAAUGAGUGACAAAAAUUUAUAGGCCCCGUUCUGGAUUUGUGUUUUGCUUUUUGCUCAGUUGGAUUCUUGGAUUGGUGUGAAAUUUUUUUCUGUAAGCGUUUGAAAUAAUAGAACAAAUCUUCUGAUA